AUGGCACCAGCAGCGGUGUUACCAGAGCGUCCCUCGACUACCUUACCGUUCCAUAACGGGGUGAAGAAAUCGGCUUCCUAUGUACAGCCAAAGGCACCAUUGAUCUAUUCGGGCUCGCUAGAUCACUACAAGUCAUUCGAUCCGACCAAUGUCAUUGGUAGAGAACUCCCUGAUCUACAACUCAGCGACAUCCUCGGCGAUGACAGCAAGAUUCGUGAUCUUGCAAUUUUGGUCUCUCAACGCGGCGUCGUCUUCCUCCGAAACCAAAAUCUCAACAUUGACGACCAAAAGAUCCUAGGCCAAAAACUAGGCGAACUGACCGGCAAACCAUCAACCUCCAAACUCCACAAACACGCCCUCUUCAACGCCUCCCGCGGCCUCAAAAUCGACGAGCACGGCCACGCAGAUGACGAAAUCUCCAUCAUCUCCUCCGUGCAGAAUCGCCAACACGACGCAGCAAAGUACAAAGCUGCAUCACCUUACCUCGCAUCUGGAGGCUGGCACGCCGACAUCUCCUUCGAACCUAUUCCCAGCGACUACGCGAUUCUCAAGAUCACAGAGGUCCCCGAGGAUGCAGGUGGCGAUACGUUGUGGGCCAGUGGGUAUGAAGCUUACGACCGCCUCUCGCCAGCUUUCAAAACUCUCGCGGAGGGUUUGACGGCUACGCACCACACACUUGAGUUCCUCAACACAGCGCGGAAACACAAUUUAAAACUCUUCGAUGGGGAGCGUGGUGCGCCUGAGAAUGUUGGGCUAGACUUCGAGGCGAGCCAUCCAGUCGUGCGAACGAACCCUGUCACCGGCUGGAAGAGUCUGUACGGCGCAGCAGGCCAGCUGAAGGAUGGUUGGAUCGAUGGUGUGACGCCGCGAGAGAGCGAGAUUCUCAAAGACUACUUCCUCCAGCUCAUCGCGAAUAAUCACGACCUUCAAGUCCGGUUCCGGUGGGGUGAGAAUGAUGUGGCGAUUUGGGAUAAUAGGAGUGCGUUUCAUACUGCUACGAAUGAUUACUAUGGCAGCAGGCAGGGGAAUCGAGUCGUGAGUCUGGGUGAGAAGCCGUACUACGAUCCGAAGUCGGUCUCGAGGAGGGAGGCGCUUGGUCAGACAUGA